GGGACGGAGAGAGUUAAAAGCUGUGUCAGCUGCCGAUCUGGGACAGACAGACAAGAAGAGGGGGACAGGUGGGGCAGCAUGACAGGUGGCUGAGGAGCCAGGUGGACAGUGGGAGAGUUGACUGGCAGGGUGGCUGGCCGGUGAAAGGACAAGCGGGUAGGUGGACAGAGACAGAUUGUCACAGGCUGAAGCUGUGACAGCCACCUGAAGGACAGCAACCACCUGGAGGACGGGGAGGCAGACACAAGAACUUGGAGGUGACCCGCUAUGGGGCCCAGAAUCUUUUUGCUCCUGUGUGUUAUUGUCCCGUCCUCAGGACUCAACCAGGAUACCACUGUGAAGAUUGUCAACGGCAGACAGUGUGACCCUCACUCACAGCCUUGGCAGGUGGGGCUGUUUCUGGGCACCAACUUGCGCUGUGGGGGGGUCCUUAUCAACCGCAGGUGGGUCCUCACGGCUGCUCACUGCAGCAGCAGCAGGUACUGGGUGCGCCUGGGGGAACACAGCCUCAGCCGACUGGACUGGACGGAACAGAUUCGGCGCAGUGGCUUCUCCGUGACCCACCCUGGCUACCAAGGAUCUGGGCAGAGCCAUGACCAUGAUCUCCGGCUUCUGCGGCUGGGAAGCCCCGUUGUCUUGACCAAGAGUGUGCAGCCGCUGCCCCUGCCCACGACCUGUGCAGCCGCUGGCACCAAGUGCCUCGUCUCGGGCUGGGGCAUGACCAACCAAUCAUGGAGCCCAUUCCCGGAUCAGCUCCAAUGCCUCAACGUCUCCAUCGUCUCCAGCGCCGCCUGUAGGGCCGUGUUCCCCGGGAGAAUCACGGACAACAUGGUGUGUGCCGGUGGCAUACCAGGGGAGGAUGCCUGCCAGGGUGACUCUGGGGGACCCCUGGUGUGUGGAGGAGUCCUUCAGGGUCUGGUGUCCUGGGGGGCCACGGAGCCUUGUGGGCAAAAGGGCAUCCCAGGCGUCUACACCAAUAUUUGCAAAUAUGUGGACUGGAUCCGGACGGUCAUGAGCAACAACUGACCUGCUCCCUCCACCUCUACCCCUCGGCUUGGGGGCCACUCUGACCCUCAGAGCACCAAAACCUCCUCCAUCACCACCCCCAGCUUCCACUCUUCUUGCUCUGACGAUCUUCUUCCUGGAACUCCAACUCCAGCCUUCUAAGACCCGUGGUUAGGGAAGGAGGAACUGUGUAACUAUCUGGAAUAAAUAUAAUAUAACUAGA